AUGAAAAGCCCAAGCAGUAACUGGUCGUACUUUGACGGCCUGCACACGGGGUCAGACCAAUACAUGCGCAACAGCAUUCAGGAUAUCCCCUCUUCAGCGAACUUCGAAUACCUUGAGAAACGCGCAAUAGACUCACCAAGACAGCACCAGCCAGAUCUACCUUCCAAUCUUGAGUGCAGCAUCAGCCUGACGCAUUUCGCAUCUGGUUGCGAGAACCUUGCUCUGGAACUUGCGUUCUCAGACCAUGUGUACUGGGUUGCUCGCAUCCCGCACCAAUCCAUCCAAAGAGACACGGUGCUCAGCGAGAUUGCCACGAUGAAGGUUGUCAGGGAACAUACCACCAUCCCGGUCCCUCAGGUCUUUUGCUUCGAGGUGUCCAAAGACCAACCCUUUGACUACCCAUACCUUCUCAUGGAGGCCCUCGAUGGCCGAACCUUGACGGACGGACUAGCGAUAGCCAUACCUGCACAGCACCGUGCCAAAGUGGCCAAACAGCUAGCAAAUGUCUUUGCAGAACUCCAGAAUCUGAUCUUCAGCCGCAUCGGGCGCCUUUGGUGUGGAGAGAAUGCUGACCAACCCGUCAAAGUUAUCAAAAUGGCCUGGCACGCUUUGCCCGGGCCUCUGGAAACUUCGCUCGAGUAUUUCUAUCACCACACACAGGAACAGAACCAGCAUCAUGUACCGGAUGCAUCCAGGGGACCCAGACUGGCCGACGGCCUGCUGGGUCCUGAAAACGUCUCUUGCCCAUAUGGUAAUUGA